AUGUACUCGGUCCGCUAUCACAGGCGGGUCGAGUUGAUGCAAGGGGGCCUGGCGGACGAACCUCUGCGGGAAGCCAUUGCCAACUCAGAGCCCCAAGCCCGGCGACAGCUGCUUCUGGACUGGGAGCAGCUUCUGGACGAGCCGAGAGCGGCUCGCCAGAAGGUCGUCGAGGCUGUCCGGCCCCAUCUUUGCCUGUGGCUGAAGAACGGGACUGGACGCCUCACCUACCGGGUGACGCAGGUGCUCACCGGGCACGGGUGCUUCGGUGAUUACCUGUGUCGAAUCGGGAAGGAGCCGACGGCACAGUGCCGAGAAUGUGGGGCGGCCAACGACACGGCGCGACACACCGCGGAGGAGUGUCCGCGGUGGGCCAACGAGCGUCGUGAGCUGGCCGCCAAAAUUAGCGAUGAUAUGUCCCUGGAGGCACUGCUUCGCGCACUGGCCUCCGGGGACGACGAGCAAAGAGACGCGGUGAUCUCCUUCUGCUCCACUAAGAAGGGACCGACUACCAUGUCCCAUCCACAUCCCGUGGGCGCACCGGAGAAAGGAAACGGGGUCGACCACCAACGACUGGCGAGUAUGUCGGUCUAG